ACACAUAUGUACCACGUGUUUUAUGAUUGAUCAUAGUACAUUUAUCUUAUCACAGCUGAUCACGAUUAUAUGAUCGCUGCGAUAUUUCAGUAAUGACGUUUAUUUUUUAAUAUUUAUUUAAUAUUCUCGAUGUGUUGUAAGAAUAAAUCGUAGAAGAAAACGAAAGAUGACAAGCAUAUUGUGUGGUCAUUUGCUACGCAAGGCACCGUGCGAUGAAAAGCUGUGGAACAGGAUGAGAACAAUGUAUUGCACCAGUAUUGUGACACGAUCAAAAUUAUCUAAUAAAUUCUACGUUGCUGGAUAUAAUUCAACAUUUUCGCUUCUCAGUGUUAGGUGUUGCAGUGGCAAUGUAAUCGAUCGUGCUCAGAAGAAGAAGAAUGUGCCGCAAUCUAAAUCUGUCGUGCCACCAGUGAAAUUUACAUCAGUUGUUACUGGAUUAACUGGAGCAAAGCCUGGGCAGCAAAAAAGAAACUGUUUUCAUCCCGGUGUUUCUGGUUUGGAUAGAGAUGCGUUUGAUUUACAAAAUAAACAAUCUAUCACUAGCAUAGAUAUGUUGAAAGCCAUGCUUAGAUACAUUUGGCCAGAAGAUGAUCCAGAAAUACGGCAAAGAGUUAAAAUAGCAAUAGGUUUACUUGUUGCAGCUAAGGUCCUGAAUGUUUUUGUACCAUUUAUUUUCAAGUAUGCUGUAGAUAUUUUAAAUACUCACACUGCAACGAUUAAUGGAAGUGCUAUAAUGGAUCUAACAACCGCACCUGCGACAGUCGCGACUGUAGCAACAUCGCUACUUGUAGGAUAUGGAAUAGCACGUGCUGGAGCUGCGGGUUUCAGUGAACUCAGAAAUGCGGUUUUCGCAAAGGUUGCACAACAUUCUAUUCGUAAAAUAGGGAAAAAUGUUUUUAUACAUUUACACAAUCUUGAUAUGUCUUUUCAUUUGAGCAGGCAGACUGGCGCUUUAUCGAAGACAAUCGAUCGCGGUAGCCGCGGUAUUAAUUUCAUUUUAAAUGCUAUGGUAUUUAAUAUAAUACCAACAAUAUUUGAAUUAGCAUUAGUAAGUUCAAUAUUGGGUAUAAAAUGCGGGUCAGAAUAUUCAGCUGUAGCGUUGGGUUGUGUAAGCAUUUAUACUGCAUUCACACUGGCCGUUACGCAAUGGCGUACCAAGUUCAGGAUUCAUAUGAAUCAAGCGGAGAACGAAGCAGGCAAUAAGGCGGUAGAUUCACUCAUCAAUUAUGAAACAGUAAAAUAUUUUAAUAAUGAGAAGUUUGAAGCAGAGAGAUAUGAUCAAUCUUUGAAGAAAUACGAAGCGGCGUCCCUCAAAACUAGUACAAGCUUAGCGAUGUUAAAUUUCGGACAAAACGCUAUUUUCAGUGGUGCGUUAAGUCUCAUCAUGGUGUUGGCAGCACAAAAUAUAGUAAAUGGUACUAUGACUGUUGGUGAUUUGGUGAUGGUGAAUGCCUUGUUGUUUCAACUCUCAGUUCCUUUAGGCUUUUUAGGUUCUGUUUAUCGAGAAGUGAGACAAGCUUUUAUCGAUAUGCAAGCUAUGUUUACUCUUAUGACAACAGAUACUGCAAUUAAAUCAAAAGAAAAUGCACUGAGAUUUUAUGUGACGCCAGAUUCAUCCGAUAUUCAAUUUAAAAAUGUAAAUUUCCAAUACGUUGAAGGAAAAUCUAUUUUUGAAAAUGUUUCGUUUACUAUACCAAGUGGCAAGAAGGUUGCUAUUGUUGGAGGAUCUGGUUGUGGUAAGACAACAAUUGUGAGAUUGCUGUAUAGAUUUUUUGAACCGCAGAGUGGCGAUAUUUAUAUCAAUGGUCACAACAUUCGAGAUGUCAAUUUAGAAGAUCUCAGGACUUGUAUUUCAAUUGUACCACAAGACACAGUACUUUUUCAUGAAAGUAUAUUUUAUAAUUUACAUUAUGGUAAUUUGAAAAAAUCGCGCGACGAUGUUUUCGAAGCUGCAAAAAUGGCAAAUCUACAUGACUCUAUAUUAAAAUGGCCACAAGGAUAUGAUACACCUGUGGGAGAACGCGGUUUGAAACUAAGUGGAGGAGAAAAGCAAAGAGUUGCAAUCGCUAGAGCAAUUUUGAAAGACAGCCCUAUAUUAAUCUUUGAUGAAGCUACCUCUUCAUUAGAUUCUAUUACAGAACACAACAUACUCGAUGCCUUGCGCAAAGCGACAGAAAAACGGACUUCAAUCGUGAUUGCGCAUCGUUUAUUGACAGUUAUGGAUGCCGACGAUAUACUCGUUCUAGAUCAGGGUAAUCUAGUCGAAAGAGGCACUCAUGAAUCUUUGUUAUCUAUACCAAAUUCUUUGUAUAGCAAAUUGUGGGAAACUCAAUAUUUAGGUAUGAAGAAACCACAAGAACAAGAAGAAAUAAAUAAAGCUGAACAGUAUAAUUAAAGAUAAUGUAAUGUAGGUAAAAAAGUACUUAUGUUAUAUGAUAUAUAUAAGUGAGUGAAAAUUAGUUUAAAAAAAUAACAUUUUUGGAAUAUUUCAUAAUUAAAAUUCAGCAAGUAUAAGAUAUACCAAAUCAUUUUACAAAUCAGAAAAUAUUACACACACACAUACACACAAUAUUGUAGAUAUUAAUAUAAUUGUAAAGACAGGUGAUAAUAUUAUUUAUUAUAAAGUCAAUGUAUACAUUAUAAAUAAUGUUAAAUAGCAAUAAACAAAAAUGUUACGAAAA